ACGCAAGUGCAGUGUCAAAACCGGCAACUGGCUAUAUUUAAUUCGAUAGAACAAAAGUCUUAAACGAUUAUAAUUAUUACAGAACUGUGACCAAUUGCCCCAUAUGACGGAAACUAACUCAUGGUCGGUGAUUCGUCAACGAUGUGUAAUCAGCGAUCAUAUCAUUGAUCUUUCCGAUUAUACGAAAAUGCAAUAGUCGUCAGUAUGAUACCUGUACGCUAUGCUUAGUUAGCGACGUUGGCGCGCUUGUCUGAAGAACAAGCCAAAAAAUAGGAUUCACUUAUCACAUGCUGGUACAUGGCUGUGUCAAUUAUUGGAUGCAAAAUUCAAUAUUUGGACUAACCUACACGAACAACAAUAAUCGAAACUAGUCGUCCGCAAACGCAACGAGGAUGAUCCAGUUUAUGUUGGUGAGAAAUAGGUAUUGCCUCGCACCCCUCGAGCGAUGCCUUCUCAAGAAAUGCAAGAACUUAUGCGGAAAUCGAAUCUAUCACGGCAAUGUAGAAAAAUCAAACGACAAUCGUCUAUCUGCCAAACGGCAACCUCUAUCCAGCACGGUCUUGCGAAAACGUCUAAUACGCGACAUACGUUUUACAAAGGAACGGAUGGAGGAAGUUAUAGAAAGGGAAAACAUUUGGACAAUACCAAAUUUUCUUUGCAUAGGUCGUAUACUGACAUCGCCAUACCUGGGGUACCUGAUUGUAUCCCAAGAGUACCAGGUUGCGCUCUGGCUGCUUGGAAUAGCAGGAGUUACAGAUUUGGCUGACGGGUGGAUAGCUCGAAGUUGGGCAUCUCAAGCAUCGAAGUUGGGAAGUUUUUUGGAUCCCAUAGCAGACAAGUUACUGAUAGGCACGCUCUUCCUGUCUCUUACCUGGACCGGACUUAUUCCCGCACAACUGACCUGCUUAGUCGUUGCAAGAGAUAUCGUUUUGGUAAUCGGUGCCUCUUUCAUCAGAUAUCGAUCACUGCCUAUGCCUAGAACUCUGGUGAAAUAUUUUGAUCCAACAUACGCCUCAGUGCAGCUUGCACCGACAUUUACCAGCAAACUAAACACCGGAGUGCAAUUAUGCCUGGUCGGUAGUACCUUAGCCGCUCCAGUUUUUCAUUUCGUUGAUCACCCUCUCCUGCAAGGCCUUUGCUAUUUGACAGCCGUCACAACCCUAGCCGGAGGCCUUAGUUACCUGGUAUCAAAAGAUACGUACAAGUUUCUUCGCAAAAGGAACAUCAGCCCGCCAUCAUCACCUUCAUGACACUACCAGUUCACACGAGCAUUAACAAAUCACAAAGACCAAAUUUACAAUCAUUUUGCGUGUUCCGCAUGUGAGAAGCUCAUCUGUCAACCACAGUUUGGCUACCGACUCAAUGGCUCAUCGGCGGUCAAUGUGUAAGUCAUCGUCAACUGAUUGAUAUUCAAAUUGGACACUAUAGUGAUAGUAUGUUGGUACAACAAUUGAUGCAAAUUUUACACUCGCUAGCUUGUUACGUUUCCAUUUGUCACAGUAAAGUGUAUAACAAUUA